CGAAAGGUCAAGAGUGCAAGAGGGGUGUUUAAAAAGUCGAAGACGAGCUUGAUCAUGAGGAGCGUGGCGUUUGGUGCAUUGAUCGUGGUUUCUUCGGCAUUGCUCGUGUACAGUUUUCCUGAUGGAGCACCAGUGGACACGUGCGUGAAACCAUCAAGAGCCAAUGAGCCUAAUCAUGGCCAAGCGAGGUCGCAACCCGUACACACGAGCCCUUACGCAUUCACCGCCUCGUCGUCGCAAUACGAGCCUGGAUCUCAGAUCACCGUGACCAUCGAUGGCUCGUCGUUCAAGGGAUUCUUCCUGCAGGCACGUGACCUCGACAGAGACAGUUGGAUCGGUUCCUGGGCGCAAACCGAUAACACCAACACCCAUCCAGAGUGCAGCGCCGUGACGCACGCCGAUCCUUAUGUGAAACAGCACGCCACCCUUAUCUGGAAUGCGCCACCGAACGCGCGUGGACGCGUGUACUUC